GGGAGGCGUGGGCUGUGUGGUGAUGGACACUGAGGAAGGAGAGCAGGUCUGGGAGAUGAAUUGAGUAAAAUACCAUGAGUAAGGCACUCAGAUAAACAAGAGGUAAGAGGAUCAAGGAUGCAUUUUUAAGACACAGUGGAAUGAUGUGUAUAUAUAUAUUGCAAUUGGAUGUAACCCUGGCUGGUGGCUUGGCGAAUAAUGACGGUAGGUAUUUUAUGUGCUUAUCUUACUUAUGAACCUCCCAGUGUAUACACUGCACUGAAAUGAAGUGCAAUGAGGAUUCAUAGAUGUUUUAUUGUCUGUUCAUUUCACAAUGAAGCAUGCGUUUGAUUGGGAAGCCCAGGCUCUUGCUAAAUCUUAAUUGCCUUCCCCUGCUGAUCAUCCAGUAAAGGUUGUUGGCUAAUUAAGGGUGGUUUCUAAAUCAGGAUUCUGAACACACAAAACAACCUGUUAUUUUCUCAUCUGUCUAGACAGCUCACCUAAUCCAGUAUUAAAAUUCUGAAACAGAAGGGAAAAACAUUUUCUUGAAGCUUUCAUGUGAAGAAUUCACAUGAGCUUGCCAAGGCCAGGAUUAGGAAAGCUGUACUUAAAAAGCUGUGCUACAGCUGUUUGUGUGGGGUGUAGAUGGCAGAAAAGAUGCUUCUUUACUGUGGCAACUGAAAUACUUGCAUUGAUGUGUUGUGUGAAGACUGGUUGAGAAGUGGAGAGCGUUGUAAAAUGUCUGUGGGUUGUAAUAAGUCUGGAAGGCUUUUCUAUUAAGGGCUAAGUUAUUCGACCACGGAGCUCCUCGCCACAGAGCUGAUGUGAGGGCCAGAAAUAGAGAGGUGUUCAAAAAGGAGCAGGCAAAUGCAAGGGGAAGAGGUCCCCAGGGAUUGUUAUAGUCAGAGGUGUGGAUGUUCUCUCCUCUUUAUGACAUCCCUACUGGACUUAGUGCUGGAAGCUUGCUGGCCUUAAACUAGGAGAGCGUUGUUCCUAUUUGUACAAAUCAUACACUUCAAUAUGACUUUCUCUGGCUGUUCUUAGGCACCCUUUUCUUUGCCCUUCAUAUCCCAGUGGUGGACUUCCCUGAGGCUUUGAGUAGAGAGGUCCUAGUGUUCAUGGCCAAUUUUAAAGAUCUUAAAAUAACCCAAAGAAAUCUCACUUCUUACCUUGUUAGAUGAAAAGUCAAUAAACUGGCGCACUUGGGUUGGGAAGUAAGGGAGUACUGGUUGAUCCAUGGGCUGUUUGCUCCUUGAGAAGCCUUGGCACAAGGUCCCAUGAAAUGGAGUGGCUUCACUCAACCUCCAGAGAGGAUGAGCAGUGAUGGAAGUUGUCUGCAACUGGGAGCUUGACCCAUCUCAUUGUUUGCUGUGGGGAGGGAUCUUUGCAUCCUCCUCCUCUCUUCCUGCUCCAGAGCUUUUCUGUUGAUUGUAAAACCAGGGGGAAAACGUUCUUGCUACUACUUCCUCAAAGUAUUGCAGUGCUUUUGAGUACUGCUUGUUCAGCAGUAAGUCCAGCACCUCAUGUUGGCAGCUCACAGUUUUCCUACCUGCCAGAUGACCACGGUUCAUGACAUGUGGGCUAGAAAGCACUGAGAGCUUGGCAUGGUUGACUUUGGCUUGGAAAUAACUCUUCAAACACCAGUGGCUGGCUCCCUGUGACAAAUAUCUGCUAGCCAAGAUCUGCUCAUCAGGAGGUGCCUGCUGUUAACAGCAGUAGCAGUUUUUGGUGUGGCUCUGUGUUACCUGUUCCGUUGUCCAGUGGCAGUUGGAGCAUACUGCAUGGGCAGUUUGUUGUAGCCACUGUGCUAAUAUCCCUUGCAGGUAAGCCUCACAUAGAGUGAGUUGAAUUGAAGCUGCUCAACCUGAAACUACUCAUUUUCAAAAUGGUUGUUGGGAGUACCAGGAGGACGACUUUAUUUUUAACACCACUGCUUAAAUCUCUCUGGACUGCAGUCUGGUGUCACUUCUGUUACAGAGGGCAGGAGAUGUUUGGCCAACGUAUAUAAAUACUUGAAGAUGCCAGAGUAAAAGGGACUCUCCAAAUGAAAUCACUGUUGCUUUGUAUUUAAUUAGCACGCAGGGUGAUAUACGGCAAUAGUUGAGCAGUUUCUCAAGCACAGAGGUUUGAAACUUCUCCUGGUGAUGCAAGGGAGAAACAGGAGUCUUUGAUGCUGGCCAGAUGUUUGGAGAAUUGGGAAAGAGCUCAGAAAGGGGUAUCCAGCAGCUUGGCAGCAGGUUCCUUAGAAAGAGAGCUUGGACGGCAUGCAAAGUUGUGAAAUAUCUGGAGACAGCACGGAUGAUCCUCUUAGUAGUGGCCUACGGAGAACACGACAGCCUCGAAUAGUAGUUAUUGGUGCUGGGCUUGCAGGCCUGUCCGCAGCAAAAGCACUCUUGGAAAGUGGUUUCACGGAUGUAACUAUCCUUGAGGCGACUGACCGAAUUGGAGGCCGCGUCCAAAGUGUGAAACUUGGGCACGCCACUUUUGAACUGGGAGCUACGUGGAUUCAUGGUUCACAUGGAAACCCAGUCUAUCAUCUAGCAGAAGACAAUGGUUUACUUGAAGAGACUACUGAUGGUGAGAGAAGUGUUGGCCGGAUCAGUCUUUACUCCAAGAAUGGGGUGGCUUAUCAUCUUACCAACAACGGGCAAAGGAUCCCAAAAGAUGUGGUUGAAGAAUUCAGUGAUUUAUACAACGAGGUCUAUAACCUGACUCAGGAGUUCUUCCAACGAGGUAAACCAGUCAAUGCUGAGAGCCAGAAUAGUGUGGGCGUCUUUACACGGGACGUGGUCCGGAAACGUGUCAAGGCCGAUCCGGAUGACACAGAGGCUGUCAAGAGGUUGAAACUAGCCAUGAUCCAGCAGUACCUUAAGGUAGAGAGCUGUGAGAGCAGCUCCCACAGCAUGGAUGAAGUCUCGCUCAGCGAAUUUGGGGAAUGGACAGAGAUCCCUGGGGCUCAUCACAUCAUUCCAUGUGGUUUCAUUAAAAUCGUGGAGAUUUUAGCCCGCUCCAUUCCUGAAUCCGUCAUUCAGCUCCGCAAGCCGGUCAAGUGCAUCCACUGGAACCAGUCGGUCAGCAAGGAGAUUGAGAGGGUGGCUGACCACAACAGUGACCUCCCUGAGGAGGACAGGGGCUCCAAUGUCUUCGUGGAGUGCGAGGACUGUGAGUUCAUCCCAGCUGACCAUGUCAUUGUGACCGUGUCCCUGGGAGUCUUGAAGAAACGCCAUGAGAGCCUGUUCCAUCCCCGCUUGCCCGAGGAGAAGGUGAUGGCCAUUGAGAAACUGGGCAUCAAUACCACCGACAAGAUUUUCCUUGAGUUCGAAGAGCCUUUCUGGAGUUCUGAAUGCAACAGCAUCCAAUUUGUCUGGGAAGAUGAGGCGGAGAGCGAGAGCUUGACUUACCCCGAGGAGCUGUGGUACAAGAAGAUCUGCAGCUUCGAUGUACUCUACCCACCAGAGAGGUAUGGCCACGUGUUGAGUGGCUGGAUCUGUGGAGAAGAGGCUUUGAUCAUGGAGAAGUGCGAUGAUGAAACUGUGGCAGAAACCUGCACCGAAAUGCUACGGAAAUUUACAGGGAAUCCAAACAUUCCAAAACCUCGUCGGAUCCUGCGGUCCUCCUGGGGCAGCAAUCCCAAUUUCCGUGGAUCCUACUCCUAUACCCAAGUUGGGUCUAGUGGGGCCGACGUGGAGAAACUUGCUAAGCCACUGCCUUAUGCUGAGAGCUCCAAAACUACUCCGAUGCAGGUGAUGUUUUCAGGGGAGGCCACUCACAGGAAGUAUUAUUCCACUACCCACGGUGCUGUGCUUUCUGGGCAGAGAGAGGCUGCUCACCUCAUUGAGAUGUACCAGGACCUCCUGCAGUGCCGGAGCUAAAAGGCCCCGUGUUUGCAACCACCACCAACUCCCCAUUCCUUUUACAGGUGUGUGGAGGAGAUUCCUUUUUUUUUUUUUUAAUUUCAAUUCACAGUAGAACAGCCUUUAUCUUUUCCUAUUAAAAACAGAAAAAAGACAAAAAAAAAAUGCCCUAACUCUUUAAAAACCUGGUCAUCGAUAGCUUCAUUUCUGUGUGCUGUAUUGUUAACAGGGAAGGGUGCUCUUUUUGUCUGUUGAACUGUUUGUCAUUUUAAUUCUAACUGCACUUUCAGUGCCUAUCAUUUUUUUUUUCCUUUCUGUAUUGUAAGUGCCUUCUAUACUAAAAUAAAUGUUGUAAUAGAAA